GUAAGGCAUUACCUACCACUGAUAAGUCUAUGGCUUCUUCUUAUUAUCCCCACCACCACCAUUUCCACACAACCCAGAAUUCCAUGUGCAUUGUUGUGUGUUGUGUGCAAUUCCCUUCAACUUGAAAACGAGGGAUUUCACUUUGUCAUCUCAUUUAAUUAGGGGUUUUCAAUAGGGUAUUCAAAGAUUUACAGAUACCCAUUUCAGCAAUAUUAAAGACUCAGAUAGGGAAUCCCACAAAACUGACUAUAUAUUUGGGAUUCUUGGCAAUGGGACUGAUUUGAUGGUGUUUUCAAUCAAUGGGUUCACUUUUAAAUGUGUUAUAGGGCUUUGCCUAUAAGAGAUCUAGGGUUUAAACUUUUGAUUCAUUACCCUAGAGGAGUGUGUGAAAAAGAUUUUUGGAGGCUGUUUAUUUCUGAAUCACAUCACAUACAGGCAUCUUGGUAUUGGAAAAAUGGCGUCUGAUCUUAAAACUGAACUUUCUCAGAGAACAGAGAUUUUCAAUCUUAAAGUGUGGGUUGUGAUAGGGAUCUUUGUGGGAGUGUUCAUUGUAAUUAUUCUCUUGGUGCUAUCUUUUUGUCUUACUUCGCGAAAGAAAUCCAGAAGGACUAAUGAAAAACUUCCGAUUAGCCAAAUUCCAACUGUAUCUAAAGAGAUCAAAGAGAUAGGGGUUGAUCGAAAUUCAGCAAACAACUUUGUUCCUCAUGAUGCAGAAUUUCUAGUCCUUCAUGACAAGUUCAGUGACAAAGACUCGGAUAAGCUUUUGACGCAUUUAAGUGCGGAGAAGACAAACAAUGCAGAUAAUAGCAGUCAAUCAGGCUCGUUCAGUCAUAUUGAGAAGGAUGGUGAUGGGUCACAAUCAGGAGAAAAAGGAACUGCUGGGACCAUUAAUAUGUACAGACCUUCUUCACAUCCUAUAACUGCUCCUUCUCCUCUAUCUGGUCUGCCUGAAUUCUCUCACCUCGGUUGGGGUCAUUGGUUUACGUUAAGGGACCUAGAAGUAGCAACAAACAGAUUUUCAAAGGAAAAUGUUAUCGGUGAGGGUGGUUAUGGUGUUGUUUAUCGAGGCCAUCUGAUCAAUGGGAAUCCUGUGGCUGUUAAGAAGCUCCUCAACAAUCUAGGACAAGCAGAGAAGGAAUUCAGGGUAGAAGUGGAGGCUAUCGGUCAUGUGCGACAUAAGAACUUAGUUCGACUUCUGGGGUACUGUAUUGAAGGAACCCACAGAUUGUUGGUGUAUGAGUAUGUCAACAAUGGCAACUUGGAGCAAUGGCUUCAUGGAGCUAUGCGUCAGCAUGGAUAUCUUACUUGGGAAGCCCGCAUGAAAGUACUUAUUGGCACUGCAAAGGCACUUGCCUACUUGCAUGAAGCAAUUGAGCCAAAAGUAGUGCAUCGAGACAUCAAGUCGAGCAACAUACUGAUCGAUGAUGACUUCAAUGCUAAAAUUUCUGACUUUGGUCUGGCCAAGUUGUUGGGUGCUGGAAAAAGUCAUAUUACAACUAGAGUUAUGGGUACCUUUGGAUAUGUGGCUCCAGAAUAUGCAAAUAGUGGCCUUCUAAAUGAGAAGAGUGAUGUUUAUAGCUUUGGGGUUGUGCUUCUGGAAGCUAUUACUGGAAGAGAUCCAGUUGAUUAUGGUCGCCCUGCACCUGAGGUAAAUCUGGUUGAUUGGCUCAAGAUGAUGGUUGGCAGCAGGCGCUCGGAAGAAGUUGUUGAUCCAACUAUUGAGAUGAGGCCAUCUACAAGCGCCCUUAAACGAGCUCUAUUAACUGCUUUGAGGUGUGUUGAUCCAGAUGCUGACAAGAGACCAAAGAUGGGUCAGGUUGUACGUAUGCUUGAAUCAGAGGAAUAUCCCAUACCACGAGAGGAUCGAAGACGACGGAGAAGUCAGACUGUGACCACAGACGGUGAAUCACAGAGGGAGAUUUCUGACACAGAUGGGGGUGACAAUCCAGACCCAAGGUCAGAGAGUAGAAUGAAUCACCAGGUGUGACCAAACGGGCAAGUAAUUGAAUGUAUUUGAGCAAUGUUAGCUAAAGGGUCAUACCUCCCCUUCGAUCUUUUCGAGUUUUGUGGAUCUGCAUUUUGGAUGAACAGGCCGGAAGCUGAGCUAUAAAGGCGUAGCAUAUUUUGUCUUUUGGUUUCUUAUUUCCUACCUGUAGAUGUUGAGGAGAGUUAUUAUUUUGUCAUGAAAAUAGAAUCAUCAUGAAAUACCCGUACAACUGGUACUUUGUACAUAUUGUCAAUUUUUUUUCCAUUUUUCUUUCUUUUUUUUUUCUUUUUUUUUUCCUUCUUUUUGUGUUGUAAAACUUUUUUGUUCAUAGGAGGAUUAUUAAUGAGUUGCUGUGAAGAACAGCAUAAAAUCAAAGGAUAUGAUUUUGUGAGUGCAUUGAAGAAAA